GCGAAUUUGACGUCACAAAAGAUAUGCAGCGAAAUUUCGCUCGUGUUGAGAUGUGCUCAAUUUUUGCGAAUUCAUAGUGCGAAUAUUUGAUCUGCCCUCAUAAAUCCACGUUUUGUCCGCUUUCGCGUAAAGUAUGAACCAGCCCAUUUUGGUUUCUGUCUAGCUAAGUUCCCUGAACAGCAUUUCAACUACAUUAUCUUUUCCACUCAAAUUCCAGUGAGGCACGGUAUCCUUCGGGGAACCCUUCCCCCCAUGGUGGAACUUCGACGAGAGACCGAAGCCGUUUCGUGCCGGUGAAGAGCUCAGACCCAUUUGUGGUCUCACUCUCUACGUAUCGGACAUACCCUUGGGCCCUCAGGCGCGUUUCCCAUCAUUAGCAAAGCAGGCAGCCGGUGCUUGACAUUGCCGGAAGAAUCGCGGAAAAACAAAACUAUUUUUGUCCAUGUUUCCAACAACUUGAACACUGGCGGUCGGGUGUCUUUUCUAUUCAUUAAUCGGCGACAACCCGAACAGGCAGAUUCGAUCAUCUGAUCGUUCCUGAAGAUGAGUCGUAGAGCACAUUUGGAAGGAAAUUCAUCUUCAUCUUAGGGCGGCAGACACUCAGACAAGAAUUUAUAAGUUAUUCAAGGAGUGCGAGUUCUGAUUGAUCUUUUCCUAUACGGAAAUCUUUGGGACUUGCUCGACAAUGCGCAUCAACACAGCAGCGGUAAUGUUUUUUGCUGCAUGCUCCGUGAUCAACUUCACGCAGCGUACAGAGAGCCACCCUCUUCCCGGGGCGCACCCUCACCACUGUCCCAUGAAGUGCCGCUGCGUCACGGUGUCUCGUCGCCUGCUGGCUGCUUCACGUCGUCUUCAGCAGUACGCAGCGAUGUUUGACUGGGUGGAAGGGGCCGGAGCAGCCGUAUGCUGGGGGAAGAAGGAGGUACCAGUUGACCUGUUGCCGGAGGUCAGUUACCUAUUGCUGGUUGGUGACGAUUCGCGAACCGGCAUAAUUGAUUACGACAUGACAGGUUCUGCUGUAACUUCGACCGCGCAACCAGACAGUGAUGAGAGAGUAGGACGCAUCAAAGACAUUCCAUUGGGUACAUUCGCCGACGGGGUGGGGCUGGUUCAUCUGGAUUUACGCGGCAAUAAGAUCGCAGAGCUAGAGCCCGGAAGCCUGAUGGGAUUGGGGAAUCUACAGAUACUCUCCUUGAAGGGUAACAGGUUGAGGGCGCUCCCAAAAGACGCGUUUCAAGAUGUACAGAAUCUGACACAGCUCUUCCUGUCAGACAAUCAUAUCCGAUCUGUACAAACAGAAGCCUUCAUAAACAACACGCACCUGCUGGAAUUGGACAUCGGAGACAACUUGCUGGAGGUCAUGUCUCCGGGAUCGCUGAGAGGUCUGACAUAUCUCCGGUUCUUGAAUCUGUCGCACAAUCGCCUGACUCAUCUCCCUGAGGAUCUGUUAGUGGAUCAGCUUGAACUCCAACAACUAAUCCUUAACGACAACAAAGUAGAGAGUCUGUCCAAGAACAUCUUCGCAAAAAACUCCAAUCUGAAACUCCUUUCUCUUAAGAACAACAGGCUGCGACAGUUACCCGAAUCCGUGUUCAUCUCCCUGACGAACCUGUUGGAACUUGAUCUAUCUGGAAACAAUCUGAUUGCCUUGGCUGAUUCCAUUUUCCCGCUAGUGUCAGCUCUUAAGUUUGUGAACAUGUCCCACAAUGCCCUGGUUGAACUGAGCAAGGUCACUUUUGAAAACUGCACCCAUCUCAGAAAGUUAGUCGCCAGCUCUAACAGGCUGAGUGCAAUAACAGACAAGACAUUCGGGCAGCUGUCCUCUCUUCAAGAACUCUUCCUGGACAGGAAUAACAUAUCCACGAUACUUCCUCAUUCUCUGCAGGGUCUGAACAGUCUCAAAAUUCUAGAUAUCACCAACAAUGCACUGCAGCGCCUCCAAACUGAGACAUUCUACGGACUUGAGGCUCUGACGUCAUUGCGACUCGACAACAAUAAAAUCACAGACAUCGAACAAAAUGCCUUCAGCGUAAGUGCAGCGCAUAGCAUGUCCAAACUAACAUGGCUCUACCUGAGGGGUAACGACCUCAGAGAAUUGUCAGCUGAUAUGUUUGGCGGAGCUCCAUUUGUCAAGAUGCUGAAUCUGGCAGACAAUAAAAUUUCCACUAUUGAUCCCUCCUCUCUCCGACGUCUGAGAAGACUGGUAACACUUUCUUUGCACGGCAACCGGCUCGGGAGCCUGCAAGAUAGAGCCUUUUCAGAAGCCACAAACGUUCAGAGCUUGGAUUUGAGUGGAAAUUCGCUUCAUCGGGUAGAUGAGGGCGCCUUUCAUGGACUAAACUUACUCCUGGAACUCAACAUGGCAGACAACGAACUCGACGAGACCACUUCUGAUUGGCUGGCAAGUUUGACAUCACUCAACCUGCUUAACCUGAAUGGAAAUCGUUUCUCCCGAGUUCCAGCUACCCUGCUGACCUCUCUACCGGACUUGAGUCACCUCUAUCUGAAACGGAACAUCCUGGAUACUUUUCGGGUUCCCGACCACGACCGUUUCAGGGGACUCUUCCUCUUGAACAUUGCAGACAACAAUCUUCAGACUAUAGAGGGCGGACUGCCAGUUAUCUUGGCCCCUGGGAGUUCAGUGGACCUAUCGGGCAAUCCGUGGAUAUGCAACUGCGCUUUGGUUGCCGAUGUGAGGGAGAUGAUUUCAGUGAAUAUCCGUUUUGAAAAAGAGAACGAGACGCUAUGCACAGUACCAGGACAAGCCAAUGAUAGAAAGGAGUUGACGAACACAGCGGAUGACGACAGUGCCCUCUGUGGUCUAGAAGACUUCCCACCGAUCUUUUCAACGCAAAGUGAUGGACUGGUCAAGUCUAGUAAGGCUGCACCAAGAAAACCUCCGUGCGAGAAUCACCCAGUUGUGUCCAGAGCCGAUGGCACGUGGCCGUGGUACGCUGUUGUGUGGAGUACAAAUAACGCGACGGCUCUCUGUAAUGCUGCCCUCAUCGGCGUCGACUGGGCAGUCACAACUCUACGCUGUCUGCAGCAGAUACAACGCACACUGUCGAGCAGUAUGCCCAAUAUCUUCAGAGACAUUGUCAAGCGAGAAAAAGACAGUCUGCUCAUGGCACCACGAGGUCUGGUUAUCCGACUCGGUAAGAGUAGGUUCAUGGAUGAGUUUGAAGCUGACGAACAAGGUUACAGGAUCAUGAAUAUGCAUAUACCGGGAAAUGACCACGGAACUGGUUUAGACCGACCUUUAUUGCUCCAAUUCAGUUCCCUAGCAAGGGUAAAUGAGCAGGUCUCCCCCGUGUGCAUUGCGAAUUAUGUGGUCAAAGUUCAAAGGGCAAUUAGCUUAGGAUGGGGGAUGAAACCGAAGGAGACACCACCGGAGGAAGCCCUUCAAAGUUCCCGGAUGAAGCUUGAACCCUGUGACCUUUCCAACAACGCUAUCGAGGACGUCAUGUUAUGUGGGGUUAGAGAAAGAGGCAGGCCUAUUGACUAUUCGAUCGAUGGAAAUAUGGGCGGGGCACUGGCGACGAAAAGGGGGCGUAGUGACUGGGCUUUAAUUGGCAUAGGGAGUCGAAUUGAGAAGGGUGUUAAUGUGUUUAUCGAUCUGACUCGUUAUGAAGACUGGAUUGAUGGGAAAACUGCGCAAACAAGGUCACGAUAGACCAAAAUCAUCAAUGUUGGUAAUUAUUGCAAAUUAUUUCAGAAAGAUCAAAGCAAACAUCUUAGCUGCAGAAUAAUUUCUGCAAGUGUUAAUCUGCACUGCAAGAAAUAUGUAUGGAAAUGCUUUGUGUGUGUGUGUGUAUCAGCAAGCCUUCGGCGUUGUUACUACUUGAAAUUUCUGUCUAUCGCCCUCUAUUGAGGAAAAUAUCGUUCUGCGAAUUUCUGUAUUGUGAAAUAAAAUCCACAAUUCUCUUUAUGUAUAGGUUAGCCUUCUUUCUUUUUGGCCUUGUAUUUAUCAAGUUUAGGUUUUUACCUUAAAGUAGUUGUAUCGUGUAUGGGAUUCUGUGUUAAUUUUAUACAUGUGUUAUUUAUUUAAUAUUUAGCAAAUGUAGUAUAUCAUUUGAUAAUCCUUUAUUUUUUAUCGUAAACCUAGAUGUAGUGCAAGGGUAGUACUAAAAAGAUGCAGCUUUGAUAGAACAGAAAAGAGCAAACAGCAACAGCAGCAGCAACAACACCAGCAGCAGCAACAGAACAGCAACAAUACAGCGAUAGUUGCUGUUGAUAGUAAAACAUUGUUUAAACACCCCUCCUUGAGUACUUCGUCAAUCAUGCAUUUUGUCAUGCAUUCAGCCGUUCUUUCCUUGCACAUUCAGGUUUUCAAAUAAUCCCGCACUCACAUUUUUCACCUUUUCAAGCGCUGAGAUAUUUUCUUGUCAGUUUUCUAUUACCUCUCUGCACUAUGUUGUAAAUACCGUGCACAAUGCAGUGCGCUCUUCACCAUUAUUUAACAGCUCAUUUGCUCAGAUUUCCCGCCAUUACUUUGUUGUGCUUUUCUUAUCGCAUCGAUUGCCCCAACGCGCAGAUUAUCUGCGCGUAUCACAUGUCACUUCCCAAUGCGCCAACCGGUCCCAACACUUUUUAACUACUACUUACUUAGCGAUCUCCCUGAAGAAAGUAGCCAGGAUUUCAUCCAGCUUCCCGCCAGUUUUUCUCUGUCCAACGAAGUGUAGACAACGUGCAAUUCACAGUAAUUAUCUCUCGCCUAAUGCGUGUAAAUAGAAGCGCGUGGCUGCAGAAAGAUCAUCAUUUCAAGUCAUCACCCUUUGUUAGGGUAAUUACUCCACAACCCUUCUACUGUACUAUGCUCCCUUUUUAACUUUUUGAUUUUGAACUGAAGGUUCAUUCAAAAGGUGAAAAUGUGGGAACCUUAAUGUGUGUAAACGAGAAGGGUGAAAACCAAGCAACGUGCACUUAUAUGCGUAAUCGUGACCGUUCUGGUUUGAUACAUUGUUUGUCUAUUUUGUAUUAAAGAAAACUGGUUUCUCUAAAGAGAAAAGGACGGAUUUGUUCCUACCGUGGCUAUAGUAAUUUCGUUUGACUGGAACACGUGAUUUAUAGGUUUGCAGCAAACUUAUGCCCAGUCCCUAGAAAUAAUAUCUUUUGUAAGUUAUUUUUUAACAGUUGCAUUGAAAAGGUCUUCCGAGCUUUGACUUUUUCCUGCACACUAUACCUUAAGCUUCUCAAUGUCUGUAAUGCAUACAUUUCAUCUCACCACGGUGUGUCUUGGUCACUGGCUCAUUGGAUUCAAAUCCUUGUCACGGGGUUAAACUGGGACAAAGAGGUCAGAGAAUUUGGAUCUAUGUAAAGAUUUUCCAUAGCUUAACUUGACUGUUCUUCUUAAGCGAUUCUUUGUUUGUUUGUCGGGUCUCUACACCUUUGCUUAUCUCUUUGAAGAGCUCAAAAGCUGCAGGUGGAUAGGGUUCAAUGACUUGUUGCUAAACGAUACCUUUUCGAAGUUUUCGCGCUCAGCCGUAACUCUCGACGUCUUCGCUGUUUUGCUUGGCUGUCGAUGGAACAUUUUUCUUACAGCGAUUACCCUUGCGCAAAAUGGUGGCAAGUCGGGUGCACCGUAGCAGAACGGUGAUCCCUUCUACCCCAGCUCCCCUCAUUUGCUGCGAUCUCACUCCGGCGUGACGCCAUUAUUCGCACUCCAUCUAACCCUCUGCCGUGCCUCAUUUUCUAUUCUCUCUUGUUUUGUUACUUUUGCCGCCCAUACCAACGAUUUUACCCCUCUUGGGGGUAAUAACGACCGUAGGGAGGCCUCUUAGAUCCAAUUUCAGGAUCAUGGUCUCUUUACUGGUUUUCCAAGACGCUGAAACGGAAUGGCAAUCUUAAUUUCACAAGUUAUCCAGUUAAGUUUGUCUGGUUUACACACUGUUUUCAACUAAAAGGCACCAUGCAAAGGGAUAUUGCAAUCUAACGGUGUAUAAUUCAUCCACCUAAUUAAAAACAAGCAGUCCUACUUUAAGAUUGCAUUUAAUUGAUCUUGAUAGCUCAAGCUUAUAGUCUUUUCCCAGAAGUAUUUUCGCGCUGAAUCAAAUACUUCCCAGAUUUGACCGGAUCAUUUUACUACUCAUUGCUGCCAUUUCGAAGCGACAACACUUGAAGUUUUUUCUCACAUUAUCGAUUCUCGUCUCCAUUUCAAUCCUCCACCUUUGCUUCUAUAAGUCUCUCCAUGUUUUGCCUGCUCAGUCUGUCUCCAAUUUGCUUGGAAAGCUCUCAGUUCACUACCCAAAACUACUCAAGAUACACGCCGUCUUAGCGUGCAUAGACGCUACAUGUCUUUCACUCUGGCGUCUCUCUAUGGAAGCAGCUCCUUUGUCAUAGGCUUCUCCAGUUUUUGUCUGAUUGCAUAGCAAGUAUCCGUGUUCACACCAAUUAACUCUCCAUCAAAUGACAGCAAAUCAAGGGCGCUCUGGCAGAACCUGAGCGGUUCUGACCCGCCAGUGUCCCCCCGUCCACAAGCUGUAUCCUCCCCGUGCUUUGCCCCUCGAGAACACGGUGCCAAUCCUUUUAUUUUACGGUUGUCGGUCCUUUCGUUUCAGGUUGAGCGAGAAGCAAUACAGGCGUAUACCGGAUGCCAAAUGCGCGUGAGAUGCUAUCGUGGACUUGUUUUUCGCGCCAAAAGAAAAAAAAAGACAGAAAACCUGUCAGCUGUUUCCUGUAUUCUACAAUCUCAAACAAGGAAAGUAUCCCCCAAAUAAACCUGAACGAGGGUCCUUUCUGAUAACUUUACCUUCGCAGAUAACAUAGCAGAAAACUUGGCAACCCAUUUCCUCCAUUUUGACUUUGUCAAUUCAAACCAAACAACGCCUGGCCUGCUUUGUUUACAAUUCUAACAAUAAAAAGUCACCAUAAAUACACACACAUGUAAAAAUCUAGUAAAGACGGCCUCAACACAAUAUCACAACACGAAAAUGAAUCAAGAACUCUCUACGUAACGUUGCAUGUUGCCAACUAAAAGAAGAUUCUCAAUUCACAGCGUUACUGACAGAGGCCGAUGGAGAAUUCGCGUAAAAUGUCACAAACAAUAUAACAAUAACUGAGGUGGUAAUAGUUAUGGUAAUCAUAAAACAACAAAUAUGUGUUCCAAAUUUGAAUUCCGAUUACAAUUGAAUUGUUAACAUGAGAGAUGGUUGAUGAUGCGGAACCUCACAAAAAUUGAUGGUAUACAUGAAACAGCCGAUAAUUUUCAUCGGGGAAGUGAGAAAUGAAUAAAUGUGCAAAUCCAUAAAGCUGCGCCGUUGCUUUAUACGCUCCCAUUUAUAUUGUCUGCUAAGUUUUGGGAUGAUCCAGAACGCACUUUUGCUUGAAAACGUAAAGAAAAAUAGACAAAUCGAGAAAUAUUGGUCCAAAAUCUGGAUAUGCUCAAGAAGGAGGAAUUUGACUGGGAUGUAGGUUCGUGAAACACUAGCUCUUUUUGCAUUCUUACAGCAUCAUGAGAUUGCAUGUGAACCAGUCAAAUGUGAAUCUCAAGUAAAUUCUUGUUAAAUCAAAGCUCAUGCAUAGCAUAUAAGAAAUACAUGUAUUUAAAAAAAGUAAACGUGAUUUUCAAAAGCUUAUAAAUUUAUUCUGAACUACUUGUAAUUAAUUAGCCUAACCAGUCCCGCCCACUUAGCUAAGCCCCGUCCCGCCCACAUAACCCAGCCUAUAUAGGCCACCAACUUACCCAGCCUAGUCCCACCCAUUUACCCAGCCCAGUCCCAUCCAGCCCAGCCCAGAGCAGUCUAACCCAGGUGAAGCUCAAUUAGUAAAGUAACCUAACCUUGGCCACCUGUUAAUAGCCCAGCCCAAUCCAAUCUGUCCUAUCCCAUCACUUCCUCUGCUAUAAAGUACUGGCCGGUAACAUUGAAAGAAAAUAACAAAACUAACAACUCACCAAACAAUACGUCUUAGAUGAUAUUCCCAAAUCGUGAUUUUUUUCAAAUGAAAGGAUUUUUCGUCGGUGAGAGAUUUUGAUGUGU